AUGUCAAUUUUGACUUUUAAUUCAGUGUUAAUUGAUGUGAAUGAUCCAUAACAUAUUAUAGUAUAUAGUGCAAUGUCAUUAUUGUCUUUAAUUUCCUUUUCAUAUUUAUUGGCAAAAAUACUGAUACUUUUAAAAGAUGAUGAAUUAGAUUAAUAAUUAAGUUAAUUUAUGACUUAAAAUAAUUUAGAUUCAACUUUAAAAGAAAAUUAAUAAGUCAUUUAUUUUAAUAACGAAAACAUCUUCAUGAUAAAUUUAUUUUUUAGUUGUCUAGUAAUUUAAUUUAAGAAUAUAAAAUUAGUUAAAGAUUUAAAUUAAUAAAUUAAUAUUUUAAAUAUUUUAAUAAAAAUACUAUUUAAUCAAUUAUCGAUAAUAGUUAAGAAAUUGUAUGCUAACCCAAUUAAACUAUUAUUUAAGAGGGUAUUUUAGAUUAUUGUUCAUUAUAUUUUAUUUUAGAAGGUUCUGUUUGUCUAAAAUCUAGGAAUAAUUUAAAAUUACAAUAUUCAAAUAAUAUGAUUUAUUUGGAGAAAUAGGAUUUUAUACAUAAAAACCAAGAAAUUUCACUAUUAAAAGUGAUGGAGUAACUAGAUUAUUAAAAUUAGAAAGAACAACAUUUUUAAAGAGUUUAAACUUUAAUGAUAAAGUAAUAAAUAUUUAAACUAUUAUAUAGUAAUUAUUUUAAGAAUAAAGAGAUAAAAUAUUAUUUAAUAUAGGUUUACCAAUAAAAUGAGUUUGUUGUUUAAGAGAUGAUCAUAUUUUAACAGGAUGUCCAUUAUUGACCUAUAAACCAAAUUAAAGUUUUAAGUUAAAAAAAUUUAUUUUUCCACAUUAAUAGAUUAGAAAAUAAUGUAAUUAUAAAUAUAUAUCAUAUAGAUAAAUGUAGAUUGUCUAAAGAUAUGAGAGCAUUAUAAUUUUAUUAAUGUGCAUCAUAAUAUGAAGUGGCAUUUUUAAAUUUAUUUUAAGAUUAAUUAUAGAUAUCAUAAUUUAGUUAAUCUCAAAUACCAUAUGAUGAUUUAGCAAUAGGUGAUUCAAAUGUCAGUGCUAGAAGUGUAACAAAAUUAAGUAGAAACAAAUCAUUUGUUAAGUCCACUUCCUUUAUGAAGUAAUAGUCUGGUUAUGAAUAAUAAUCCAUACCAAAUCAUACCGAUAAUUUAUUGUAUUAAUAAAAAUCAUAAACCUAAGCUCUAAUUUCGAUUAAGAAAACGAAUUUCAAUUCAUUAAUAAUAAUUAAGAUAAAAAAUAUGAUCUUUAGUAAGAAAUGAUCAAUAAAAAAGAACCUUUGCAACUUCCGGAUUUGGUUCAUAUGCUUCUAAUAAAGAUUAAACAUCAAAAUCUUUAAAUAUUAUUGUAGAGAAUGAAGACUCUGAUAGUAUAUCAGAAUCUAAAUCAGCAGAAGAUGAGAAUGUUGAUGAUUCACCUCAAGAUAAAUUUGAAAGAAAGAAUAAUGAUCCAAAAUUAACAUUCAAUUACAAUUUUGAAACUUAAAUGAAUGAACUUCAAAAGUAAAAUUCAAGUCAUCCUCGUUUAUCUCGUCUAGGAUUUAGCUCUAUAAGAUAAUAAAGUUCAAGGAAUAGUUUUAUAAAUAAAAAAUAAAAUAUAUCUUUAUCUAAAAAUUUAUCAUUCUAAUCAUAAUAAUUAAAUUCAAUUUCAAUUGAUAAUACAUAUAAAUAUCCAGAAGUAAUUAGUUAACGUUUGAAUUCUUCCAGAUCAUUAACUUAUAGUCCUAUUCCAUCUAAUAAAUAAAUAAAAUCAGGAAUUCCAUCCUCUAAAUAAAACAGAAAAUCUACAUUUUCUUUUCCAUAAAAAUUAAUAUAGCAAACACGUUAAGUUGAUAUUACUAAUUUUGAAGAUAGUAGUUAAUAAUAAUAAUAGAGACAUUCAAUUAGAAAAAUCUCUACUAAAACUGGAACUAAAAUUUCUAUUCUCCCUUCUUGUUUCUAACCAUUCAGUUAUGUAGAUAUAUUCAUUUAUAUUUUAAUAAGUUGCCUCUCUAUGCUAAUAACUCUUUUGGAUUAAAUAAUUUUGACACUAUGUAUUCAUUUGACUAUUACUUACCUCACAAUAAUUAUGAAGUAGCCAUUUACAAGUAAAAUAUAUAAAAAAUUUUAAGGUCUAAUAAAUUUAGAUUUAUUAGAGAAAUAAAUAUAUCAAAGUACUUUAAUGACUAUCAUCUAUAAAAUAUGA